ACCUGGUUUCUGAUUUGUUUGUCCUCUCUCUCUCUCUCUCUCAUAUUUUGUACAUACCAAAACCAGAGCACCAUCCAUGGCUGCCAACAAGUUUGCAACCAUGUUGCAUAGAAACAGCAAUAAAAUCACACUGAUCCUCAUCUAUGCAGUCCUUGAAUGGACUCUGAUUAUUCUCCUCCUCCUCAAUGCUCUGUUUUCGUAUCUGAUAAUCAAAUUUGCAGAUUAUUUCGGCCUAAAACCGCCUUGUCUCUGGUGUUCACGUGUCGAUCACAUCUUUGAACCAGGAAAAGGCAAGAACAUGCACAGAGAUCUUCUCUGUGAAGUCCAUGCCACUGAGAUUUCCAAAUUGGGUUAUUGUUCAAACCACCGUAAGUUGGCCGAAUCUCAAUAUAUGUGUGAGGAUUGCUUGCCCUCAAGACCGGACGUUCCCGAGUUAUCCAAGAAUUUCGAUUUCUUGCCAUGGAUGAAGCAAGUCGGAAUGAUUCAAAGUGAUGAAGAUAAGGUGCUUGAGAAUGGUGCUGUGAGGUUGAACUGUUCUUGCUGUGGUGUGAGUUUGGAAAACAAAAUACGCUCUCCAUAUAUCGUGAUCAAGCCUUCGUGGGGUGAUUUGGAUUAUACCCAGAAAAGAAACUGGAUUACAGAGACAGGGGAUGAUGAUCAUAUUGAAGAUGGCGAUAAUUCCGAUCACAGCAGAUCAGAUUUGGCUACCGAUAGAUGUGAACAUGAAAAUGAACAUGGCUUUGAAAACAAGAGUGAAAAUCAGAUGCUUUCUGAUGUUAAUGAAGGUUUUGGUGUAAGAGAAGAGGAAGCAGAGAGGUAUAGCUCCGUUUCUAUAUUUAAACUUGGAGUGAGGGAAUUGGAAGGUGAUGAAGAUGAUGAGGUAGGUAUGGUUUCCGAAGUUGAGAAAGAAACAAUUAAGGAGGAUAAUUCAAGUAUGACCAAGGAAGAUCAAUCUGUUCAAGUUUGUACUGGAGAAGAUGAUCCUCCUCAAAUCCUCCCUCAGCAUCUGGAAUUCUUUAUUGAUUGCAGUGGACAUCAAUUGGUUCCUGUUGAAUUGAUCGAUUCAAAGACUGAGGAAGAUCAUGGCAAAUACAGUGUGAAGGAGGAAGGUCAUGAACACAUUGAUAAUCAAGAUCCCAAUUUGGUUUCUGAAUUAUAUUUGCAGGUUGAAGUCAAAUCUGUUGUGGAAAACAGCACUAGUCUAAGAGAGCCUGAGGCAGAACUCUCUGUCCAUGAGAAUAAGAAGGAACCCAAGUUUCAAGUGCUUGAGUCAAUGGAUAUAGAAGAGGAUGAGAAUUCUGUAGUUUUUCAUGCAAACAAUUGCCAUCCAGUGUGGGAAUUUUAUGACCUAGUUGAUAUUACCCAAGCAACUCAAAUCCCAUCCAGAGAUGAUGAGGUUCAAGCAAUGGCGGCAGAAUGCAGCAAAGAAAAGGAUGCAGAUGUUCCUCCAGCCUUUGAAGAAGUACAUCAAAUUCCAAUGAGUGAAACUGAGGCAGACGUAUCAAUAGGGACAGACAUUCCGGAUCUGGAGACAACAGAUGAAAUUCAAACUCAAGAAACUUCUUCUUCAUAUGCAUGCACACAUGAAGAUGCUUCCACAAGUGCUGUCCAUUUUCACACCGUUGAAGAUUAUGGUUCCGAAAAAGCUCAAGAAGAAAUGGCAGAAUUGAGAACUUUUUCAGCUGAGGUGUGUGAGGGUGUGAUAAACAACCAUUCAUCAUUGGGUUCCGAGUUCAAUGAGGUUGAAGAAGACAAAGUUCCUGAUACCCCCACAUCCACAGAUAGCUUUCAUCAUUUGCAUAAGAAAUUGCUUCUACUUGAGAAAAAGGACUCAGGAACUGAGGAAUCCUUGGAUGGAAGUGUUGUAAGCGAGUUUGAAGGUGGUGAUGGAGUUUUGACCGUUGAUCGCCUGACAUCGGCUCUAAGAGCUGAAAGGAAGGCUUUGCAUGCUUUAUAUGCAGAACUAGAAGAAGAGAGAAGUGCUUCUGCAGUUGCUGCCAACCAGACUAUGGCAAUGAUAAAUAGACUUCAGGAAGAGAAGGCAGCAGUGCAGAUGGAAGCAUUGCAGUACCAGAGAAUGAUGGAAGAACAGUCUGAGUAUGAUCAAGAAGCUUUGCAGCUGUUGAAUGAGCUAAUGGUAAAGAGGGAGAAGGAAAAACAAGAGCUAGAAAAAGAGUUGGAAAUAUAUCGAAAGAAGUUAUUGGAUUAUGAGGCAAAAGAAAAGGUGAGGAUGUUGAGAAGAAGUAAGGACGGUAGUGCUAGAAGUGGAUUUUUCUCUGCUUCUAGUAGCAAUGCUGAAGAUAGUGAUGGAUUAUCGAUUGAUUUGAAUCAAGAAGCAAAGGAAGAUGACAGCUUUUAUAGCCACCGAGAAAAUGGCAAUCACAAUACCCCUGUUGAUGCAGUCCUAAAUUUGGAGGAAUCCUUGGCAAAUUUUGAGGAAGAGAGACUAUCCAUCCUAGAGCAGCUGAAGUUUUUAGAAGAAAAGUUAAUAACACUGAGUGAUGAAGAGGAUCAACAUUUUGAGGAUGUAAGCCCUGUGGAACAAUUCCAUGAACAGAAUGGCAAACACUUGGAUGAACAUGCUGAUUUUGGGAGUGAAGCAAAGGGGCUUCCAAAUGGUUUUCCCAAGGAAAUUAAUGGUAACCAUCGUCAUAAGAAAAUAAUUGUGGGUUCAAAGGGAAAGACACUUCUUCCACUUUUUGAUGCAAUUGGUGCUGAAAACGGAGAUGUGGUAGCGAAUGGACAUGAAAAUGGUUUUAUUUCUGAUGGGGAGCAUAACUCCAUUGUGACAAAAUUUGAGUCAGAAAAUCAGACGCUUGCCAUUGCAGAGGAGGUGGAUAAUCUCUAUGGAAGGCUACAAGCUCUUGAGGCAGACAGAGAGUUCCUAAGGCAUUGCGUUAGCUCGGUGAAGAAAGGGGAUAAGGGCAUGUAUCUUCUUCAAGAAAUUUUACAACAUCUUCGUGAUCUUCGAAACGUGGAGCUCCGAGUGAGAAAUUUCAGUGAUGGUGCUCUUGCAUGAGAUUCUGCUUAACUAUAUGCCAAAGAAGAUUGAUGAUUGUGUUCGCGGAGUUUAUUGAGCAGCUGUGGAUUUAUGAUGCAAGAACACUGAACUAUAGGAGGGGGAGGUCCCUGUCAUGUUCCGUUUUUUGGGUGAUUUUGGUGGACAACAAAUAGAGGUCUGCCUAAUUUUUGGCCUAUUGUUUUCCUGUUGAUUGUGUAAAAGUAUGCCCAAAUUUUUGUGGGUUGUGUCCAUCUCCACCUUCUAAGGGAAAAAGGAGGAUGAUGAGUGCAUGUGUGUGUAGUCUAGUGAGGUGAAGCCACCCUGUAAUUUGUAUGUUGUGAGAAAAGGCCUGGCUUGCAUAGCUGGAGAGAUCCAACAAAGAUUCCAAUGCCAGGUACAUAGUACUAGUUUAUGAUAGACAGUUAGGACUAGAUCCAUUUUUUUUUUCCCCUGGGGAAGGAAGGGGUGGGUAAGUAACUCCCUUUUUCUCUCUCCUCUUUGCAUCAUUUCAUCACAUGAAGUUUGUUUAUUGUUUGAGGGGCCAAAGUUUGUUUAGUUGUAUACUGCAUGUAUCUAUUUUGUAAGUAUAUAGUGAGUGUUUGUUUGUAC